CCGCGUCCCCGCGCCGUCUCCUCGGCCUGCGCCGCCGCCGCUCGUGGUCCGGGUCGCGCUCCUUCCGCUCCGCCGCCUGCUCGCGAGUGCUGCCCGGCAGGCCGCCAUGGCGAACGUGGCCGACACGAAGCUGUACGACAUCCUGGGCGUCCCUCCCGGCGCCAGCGAGAACGAGCUGAAGAAGGCAUACAGAAAGUUAGCCAAAGAAUACCAUCCUGAUAAGAAUCCGAAUGCUGGAGACAAAUUUAAAGAAAUAAGUUUUGCAUAUGAAGUAUUGUCAAAUCCAGAGAAGCGGGAGCUAUAUGACAGAUAUGGAGAACAAGGUCUACGGGAAGGUAGCGGCGGAGGCGGUGGCAUGGAUGAUAUUUUCUCACAUAUUUUUGGUGGAGGAUUGUUUGGCUUCAUGGGCAAUCAAAGUAGAAGUCGAAAUGGCAGAAGAAGGGGCGAGGACAUGAUGCAUCCCCUGAAAGUAUCUUUAGAAGAUCUGUAUAAUGGCAAGACAACCAAACUACAACUUAGCAAGAAUGUGCUUUGUAGUGCAUGCAGUGGCCAAGGUGGGAAGUCUGGAGCUGUUCAGAAAUGUAGUGCUUGUCGGGGUCGAGGUGUGCGCAUUAUGAUCAGGCAGCUGGCUCCAGGAAUGGUGCAGCAGAUGCAGUCUGUGUGCUCUGAUUGCAACGGAGAAGGAGAGGUCAUUAAUGAAAAGGACCGCUGUAAAAAAUGUGAAGGGAAGAAGGUGAUUAAAGAAGUCAAGAUUCUUGAAGUUCAUGUAGACAAGGGCAUGAAACAUGGACAGAGAAUCACAUUCACUGGGGAAGCAGACCAGGCCCCGGGAGUGGAGCCUGGAGAUAUUGUUCUUUUGCUACAGGAAAAAGAACAUGAGGUAUUCCAGAGAGAUGGGAAUGAUUUGCAUAUGACAUAUAAGAUAGGACUUGUUGAAGCUUUAUGUGGAUUUCAGUUCACAUUUAAGCAUCUUGAUACUCGUCAGAUUGUGGUGAAAUACCCCCCUGGCAAAGUAAUUGAACCAGGAUGUGUCCGUGUUGUCCGAGGUGAAGGAAUGCCGCAGUAUCGUAACCCCUUUGAAAAGGGGGAUCUUUAUAUAAAGUUUGAUGUGCAGUUUCCUGAAAACAACUGGAUCAACCCAGACAAGCUUUCUGAAUUAGAAGAUCUCCUGCCAUGUAGACCAGAAGUUCCUAAUGUAAUUGGAGAGACAGAAGAAGUAGAGCUUCAGGAAUUUGAUAGUACUCGAGGCUCUGGAGGUGGUCAGAGGCGUGAGGCCUAUAAUGAUAGCUCUGAUGAAGAAAGCAGCAGCCAUCAUGGACCUGGAGUGCAGUGUGCCCAUCAGUAAACUGCAGGCGGCUGCACAGGUGGAUUUUCUUUCCACAAAAUUUGCCGGAUUUGCCAGCUGCUGGAGUACCUGAGUCCAGAUGAACUGAUGGACAUCUGUUGAUCUGUGUAACUUCUAAAAUUGGUAUAGUAUCCACAGAGUGUAUAAUUUAAACUAACCACAAAGCUUUACAUCUUCAUUUCGACUGUUCUGUAGCAGAGUAAAGCACUUGAAAUAAGACUCCCUUUCACAUGUGGGUUAUAAGUUUCAGUCCUGGUAUCUGCUUGAUUUUUAUCAGUUUGUGUAGACUUUAUGUUUCAUAUUUUAAACUCAAAUCCAGCAUUGUAAAGUUUGUACAAUUUGUCCUAAAGCUUUGUGUUUGGCUGCACCUGCAUAAGCUGCUACAAAUAGAUAAAGAAUUCAUAGCCUGUAUCUAUCAUUUAGAUGCAUGGAAAAAUGGGCUUUGCACACAAUGGGUUUGAAGCUGACUGGGAACAGUAGAAAAAAUUACAUUAGCCAUGGUUGUAAAGUUUUUUGGCUUUUUUUUUUUUUAAACCAUUUUGUGAAAGGUUUCUGAAACUUGAUAAUAAAAAGCAGUUGGUGUAAAUUAUUCUGUGUCACAUUUUUAGAAAGAAGAACAUAUUUUAAACUGUAAAAAGUAUCCUUACACUGAGAAGUGAAUCUUUGGUUCUGAUUUUUAAACAGCCCUUAAAAAUCCCAUUGGCUUGAAGCUUAUUUAUGCUUCAGGUACCUGCCGGUUUUAUAGUUUACAAACAUUUAAUGUUGGUUGAAACAGGCUGUAUUGACUUCAGUUGGUACUCUGUAGCAUCGAGAAAACAUCCAAGUUAUCUAACUUCCAGGUUACCCUGAAAAUGGGGACACGCCCAGGCUUCUGUUUCCUUUGAAAAUAGGUGGUAGCAGCUGAAUAGUAGAACCAUGUUUACACAGGCCUGUUAACCCUGUUUUAAUUAAAUAUUAUGAAAACUUGCUCUGUCUCAUUAAGUUGAAUAUCUGACUUGGGGGAAGCAUUGACUAAUAUUCACAAAGUGGCUGAGCCAGUGGUGAGGAGGGUUCAGUUUGAUCCGUGUCCUGGUCCACACCUAGCUUUAAUUACAGCCAUCCUAAUGGAAUGAAAGGGUGUGUUUCCAUCCUCUGGGGAUUACUUUUUUCACUCUGUAGUGGUUUUUUUUUAAACAUGCUAAUUUAAGGUCCAAAUGACACCAGGUAUAUACACAUUUUAUGUUUGUCAAAGGAACAACAGGACAAAAAUGGAAAUUUAGAUUUUUUUUCAGUGUAUUAUACCAUCUCUGAGUCUAACAGCACAUUUCUAGAGAUUAGAACCUGGAUGAAAAAAGGUCCCCAAGCUAAUCAAGACCUGUGAGGGUUAAAUUACUGCCCUAUUCACUCUACCUCCAUUGUACAUUGGGCAAGAUGCAGCAGCAUAAUAGUUUUGUAUUUGAGGUUAUUUCCCCACAACACUUUUAAGCCUAAGUAACCGCAGUGAUAAUAUAAACUUUGUAGCCUUUCCAAUAAAGGUUUAUAAAACAGUUA